AUGAAUUCCUCAAACCCGCCCGCCAGGGGCAACAAUAAUGCCCAACUCCUCCAACCCACCUCAUUCCCAGCAGCACCCUACUCCUCGCGGGCCCCAUCACCACCAUACAUCCACGUCCCGCCACCGCUGCACCCCAAUCUCGCCAGAACAGACACCAUCCCCACCACCAACGACGCCACCCACCCCAGCACCGCCACCACCACCACCACCGACGACAACGACAUCCUCAUGACCAUCUACCCGUCCGCCACCGCCGCGCACACCACGCGGUUCACCCUGGCCCAGCUGCUCGCCAUCACGCAGGGCGGGCCCCAGCGCGCCCGCGCCUCCGUCUGGGUGUACGAGUCGCGCCGCGCCGCCCAGCCCAUCCUAGACUUCCUGUACCUCGGCCCCGCCAGCGCCGCCAAGGACCGCGCCUUUCUGCUGCACAAGGGCAUCACCAUGGUGCUGUGCGCGCGCGACGCGCGGUUUGCCACGGGCGGGAUGCUGGUGGGCGGGGCGAGGCGCGCCGUGGAGGGGUCUGGGGUAGUGGUCGAGGGCAUUGAUAUCGCGGAUGGGAGCGAGUUGGUGGGGGUUUUCUCGGUGGCGGCCCGCGUGGUGAAUGAGCAUCUGUUGGCGUUGGCCGAGGAGGGGAGGAGGGGAAAGGUGUUGGUGGUUUGUGAGACGGGGAAUGGGAGGUCUGCUGCGGUGGUGGCGGCGUAUUUGAUGGAGAUGUAUGGCCUGGGCAUCGUGCAUGCGGUGCAGUUUAUGCAGCUGCAGCGGUUCUGCGUCGCGCUGGGGGACGACCUCAAGUUUCAGCUGUCGACAUAUGAGGAUAUCCUCAGGGCCAAGGGGGAUGUCGGGAUCAUGAGCGGUCAGCAGCCCCAGGUGCAGCAGCAACCAGGGGAUAUGGGAUGGGAAAGGGCUGGUGGAAAUGUAAAGAGGAGGAUUGAGCAGACGAGGGAGGAUGCGGACGAGGAAGGCGGGGAUGACAUGGUGAUGGAUAUGGAUAAUGAGCGGUAUGCGAGUCGGAAUUUCGCGCCGUUUGUCGACCGCGAGGCGGUUGCCAACAGCGACUACGCCGGGUUGAAAGAGUCCUAA